GACGUAUUUUUGUGUCGUAUGUGUCCAGAAACAAUACUCGAUUCUUGACGUGUGAAUAGUGAAUAGUGAUUAGCAUCUCAAUUUGUCUUGUGCGUGAGCGCAGAACCGACUGUUUUCAUUUUGAACGGACGCUUUUCCGUCGUCGGGUGAAAGGUGAAAAGGUGAAAGGAAACGCACGGCUCUCGGAGGGCGUGUUGGAGGGUGUCGUGAAAAAUCGUCUCGGCGUUUCCGGCCUCGUGUGAUCCGUUGCUUUGUGACAUCAUCAUCAAAGUGAGCGGGGGGAAGAAAUCUUUCGGAAGCCAGUGACAGGAGAAAAUCAUUAAGCACACCCAUCAACAGUGCGGCGGCUUAGGCGAAUCGUGCUGCAAAGAGCGGAGACGAAGUUUCAAUCUCAGUCCGAGGAAAGCCACUGGAGGCGAAGCUAUAAAAAAACCCGGGGCCGGGGCCACCAGGAAGAAAACUGAUGUGAUAUUAUUACUAUUUAUUUAUUUAUUACAAAAACUUCACGAGCGGUUGCUCUUGGCCACACAAACGUUACGAUCGUUGCCGCGAGUGUUGGCUGACGGAAUUAGUGCAAUCGGUUUACUGUUUUGGGGGAAAUUAAUCCGCCGUGGAAAUAGUUUAGUUUAGGUCCUAUUCCGUGAAUAGUGCUAGUGAGUGUAUUUCUUAAACAUUCCGCCAACAUGGAGUUCCGCUUCAACAUGCACCCGCUGUUCCGGUCGCGGAUCGUGCGAAUAAACAACUCUCUACUACCAACCGGAUUCACCGCCCAGUCCCGUCGUGUUGCGCUCGAUGCCACCGCACAAAUUUCAGAGAUCAUCAAUGUGGUGGGCUCGCUGUCGGCCCAAGCCCAGGGCCUGUCGGUUCCGGUGACGACCCCGCAAAAACUGCGCAACUCUGACCACCACAUCUACCUGAUGUUCGAGCCGAACGAUAAAAAUGGUCUCGUUGUAGGCAUCCUCAAGGUGGGCCGCAAAUCGCUGUACGUGUUUGAUCCGUCGGGUGAAACGGUUAACGUGACCGCACCGUGCGUGUUGGACUUUUACGUUCACGAAUCUCGCCAACGCAGCGGCAUCGGCCGCGAGCUGUUCGAGCAUAUGCUACGCGAGGAGCACAUACAGCCGGACGAGCUGGCCAUCGAUCGGCCAUCGGAGAAGUUGCUCGGCUUUCUACAGAAGCACUACGGACUGUCGAAAAAGAUUCCACAAAUGAAUAAUUUCGUCGUGUACGAGGGAUUCUUUGCCAGCAAGGAGCACAAUUCUUCCGACAUCGACGGGCGCCGCAUGCACAUCACUGCUAGUCCUAACACGAACCUUUUCGGACCGACGUUCACGACGACCAACGCCAACGAGGAGCGGCGUAGGUCCACCUCACAGACACGGACCCCGGUCGUGUCACCGCCGGUCAUCACUCAGCCGCCCGUCGGACGGUACGCCGCCAAACGACCAUCCUGCAGCAUGGCCCAGAUAAUUCACAACAGCCCCACUACAGUAUCCGCGGAACCUAACAGCACUAACGCUACUAACACUAACGCCAACGGGCACGCUAAUGGCGGUGGUGCGAACGGUGAUCACCACCUCCACCACCACCACGAGUAUGAAGAUCAGCGGCAGCAGCACCAGCAGGAGACCCAGCAGCAGGAGUACGAAACGGACUCGAUCGACGGUGAGCAGGAGCAACUGUUGGCCGAACAAAUGCGUCGCGUUGAGCUGCAAUCUGCAUCGCUUUCGCAUGCACCACCACCCGCAUCAGCCGCAUCAUCCCACACGCCGCACGAGGUGAAGUUUGCCGAUCAGGUCGGAGGCGAGGCGGGCCACCAUUACCACGCUUACGAGGAUAUGCCCGAGCCCGGUCCCGACCCGGAUCCGUACGAUUUCCAUCCCCAUCAGCUCGAGCUGUCCGUGGGCGACGAUGGUGGCGAGACCAAUCGAGACCCUUCCCUUUCGCCCCAAUCCGUUAGCCAGCAGGCGACACCGGAACAUCCGGCCGGACCGGGCCUCCCGGGGAGCCGGAAGCCGGCGCGCUACACCAAGCAGCACACGGGCCUGAAGAACAUCUCGUUCGGCGUCGGAGCGGCCGUCAUGCCAAGCGGCAAGAUGGAGUUCGACCAGGAAGAGAACGAAGGCUUCGGUUCGGUGAAGAUCAAUCGACCGAUCGGCCGAUCGGGCGGCUCGGCACGGCACGGUGAUAACGACAACGAGUCCGUGUACUCCAACGGCAGCCAGCAUGCGGCCGGCGGAGGGGGCCAUUUCGACCUAAAGUUCUACCACAACAAACUAUGGUAAGGCCGCGAUCGGGCCGCGGUCGGGUGUCGAGAAGUUACCAAAGAACGCCAACACACACCAUCGGAACGACGACACCGUUACGGAUGCGCCCGUUUGGAGUCGUUUACUUGAGUAGUGUGUUGUUAUACUAACCCCUAACCCCGGCUAGACCAGGUUGUCUGUGUGUGUGCGCUAGUUUAGAAGGACACAGCACGCCACCGGAUGUGGCAGGUUCCCCGUAGUGCUUCCCCCCAGAUCAUUCGUCGGAGAUGUUGACGGAGCUUGUUGACGGUUGAGUUGUUUGUUUUAGUCCCCUUUCGAUGAUCACCGAGAUCGCCGGCCGGUUUGUGUAUUAUCGUUGUGCGUACUGUUUGUUGAUUUACGUUUGUUGGUGCGUUGUUUGUUUU